GCCUCCAUGCAAACGAAAUGCUCCAUCAGUCUCGUGUCUCGAACAUUUCGCACCUUAUGCGUACCAUUUCUCUACGAGAUCGUCCUCGUACUUCGUCUGGAAUGCGUACCCUUGGUUGCCUCAGAGAUCAAAGAAAACAAUCAGAUGGUACCACGAAUGGCUGGUGGUGUCGUCGCCUUCUAGUCCAGGUUUCACACUAGGAUAUACCGUGGAGGUCGGGCCGAGCUGACCUCUGGGGCCUUCUCUCAGCUUGUCCUCGCUUGGUCAGUCUCCGCUGUGAUCUGCGAUAUCGCAAUCCUCUAUUUAAUCGGGAAUUCCGCAAGCAACGCUUCUACUACCCAUCCAUCCGGUUCUUCGAGCUCAUUGUUGCCAUGUAUGGAAACCAAUUACGCGUUCUGGAGCUCGGCGAUCAUAUCCCUGUUCAGUUGGACUUUCCACAGCACUUCUUAUCGCAUCUG